UUUAAAAAAAAAAAAACAUAAUAAACUUAGUUUCUGUACAAGCAUCCGUGUAAGGAGGCUUCUGAUUUUCUGGUCUGGUGGAGGGCUGGGUGGGAACUUGGAUGCCAUUUUUCUCCUCCCUCUUGCAAUGACUCCGUGCCUGAUCUCUAAUCCAAGAUUCUAUACCUUUGAAGCAGAAUUUAAUCCCUCUCCCAGUCAAAAAAGGGGGAGGGGAAGAUUGUCAAAUCUGGUGUGGUAGGCUGUUUAGAGUCUUUUAGACCACCCAGAUAGAUUCUUUUCUCUGGCUCCUGGACUCUCCCUCAGCUCUCCAGCGCCCGGGAGCUCCCUCUCAGUCUACUCAGGUGCUUCCUUACACUCCUGUCUUCAGAAAGCAGGCAGCCUCCAUUUGCUCAUGCCUUAGCCCUCCUCUGCUCUCCAUCUAACCAAACUGGUUUGAGUUGGCCAUGCCCCUUCCCAGCUCCCUGGGCUCUUCCAAUGGUGGCUGGCCCCACAACUCUACCUUGGCUUGGCUUGGAGCCAUGAGUCAGCUUCAUCUCCACCCAAGCCAAAUCAAACCUGAGGCAGGAGCCGAAACUCACAGUUCCUCAGAGCCUAUGGCCAGGUAAGAAUCUAUGCUUAUGUUUAUAGUUUCUGGCCUUAACUCCCUGUGCCCUCUUUUGGGCUUGUCUCAUUUGCUGACAGUUCAUUUCUUACCUCAACUGCUGUUGAAGCUUUGCCACAUCUUUUUGUUCUCUUCUAUCUCUGCAUUUUUGUUACUUGUGGUGGGGAACCACAGGCGGUUUCAUGUGUCCAGCCUGUAGGAUAAUGAUUGGACAUGAGAGUGGAAAGAUAUUUUCAUGUGCAUAGAGGGCCUGAGUAAAGAGAGCAUUGUGCAGGUUUCUGUGAGCGAAGUCAUUUGGACUCUGCUAAUCUGAUUGGGUUCUGUGGUCUGGAAUAAAAUGGAGAGAGGUGGCAAGAAAGCAUAGCAAAGGAGAUGUCUCAUAUUGAGGGGUUUUGUUUUGAGACAAGAUCUCAUGUAUCCUCAGACUCUGAGCUAGCAAUACUGGCCUUGAAUUCUUGAUCUUUUUUGCUUCUAACUGUACUGAAUAGAUGACUCCUACCACUCCUGGGUUCAGUGGGAUUUUUUUUUUAUUGUUUUUAGGUUUUUGUUCUGUUUUUAUAAACAUCAAAAAGAACUUAACUAUAUGAUCUUGCCUUUCCUUCAUCCUCAGAACUAUUCAUGCCCAGGGGUGGUGGUACAUGCCUUUAAUCCCAGCACUCAGGAGGCAGAGGCAAAUGGAUCUUUGUGAAUUCUAGGCCAGCCUGGUCUACAUAGCCCAGGACAGCCAGGGCUACAUAGAGAAACUAUCAAAAUAAGUAACCAACCAUAAAGCCAGAGCCAGGCAGUCUCUGAAUUUGAAGACACCCUUGUCUAUAUACUGAGUUCCAGGCCAGCCAGAGAGGGGAUACAUAAUGACCCCCUGUGUCAAAACAAAACCAAAAAAAGCUACCUAGUCAUAAGGUUUUAAGAUUCUAUCUCCUGUUUCUUGGAAUCCAGGUCCAUUUCCUUCUCUGUACUUGAAGAGCAAGUACAUUUACACAUGCUUGCCCUUCAAAAGAUUCAGAAUCUUAAGUUGAUGGAAAGGAUUCCAACCACAUAUUUAGUCUUCUGGCCUGAGUCACUGGAAGAAUUUCCCAGUAAAACAGCAUUCCUGAGUAUAGGGUUAGGACACUAGACAGCAUGCUUUGAGAAGGGUGGAGUCACCAUGCCCAAGCAAGAGCUCAUUUGUUGGGCUUAAAAGUGCCUUGACUAUAUCGCCCACAGGUGAUGGAGGACGAGGAGAAGGCAGCGGAGAGCUUGGUGAGCAACCUGGAAGCUGCUUAUCCUCCAUCCCCCCCUAUCCACUGCUGCUGGCUCCGCCUCCAGUACUUGGCAGCUACUAGCAUUAUCUGUGGCUGUUCUUGCCUGGGGAUCAUGGCUCUUGUGUUUGCCAUCAAGGCAGAAGAGCGGCAUAAGGCAGGCCAGUCGGAGGAGGCCAUAUACUUGGGGGCCCGGGCCCGGAGACUCGUCCUGGCCAGUUUUGCUGUCUGGUUGGCUGUCCUUUUUCUGGGUCCCCUGCUGCUGUGGCUGCUCUCGUACACCAUUGCUCAGGCUGAGUAACCCUGAGUGGCCUUUGCUGAGAGUCAGUCAAGACCUGGAUCCAAUUCAACAGUUCAGCAGUGCUCACAGUUCUGGUGACAGGAGUGGUGCCUGGUUCUUUCUGUCUGGAAGGAUAUUGCCCUUCUCGGGAGCCAUUGGAAGAGCUCAACUAGGCCAUUGAAAGCACCUGAGACUUCAAGGGGAGGUCAGCCUGCUCUGUUCUUUCAUUAUCCUCUGCUUUAUCUCCCUUGCCCUUCCAUUCUAGGAGCCUCCGUUCAGAGAAAGGGAUGAAAACCAGGCUUGAUUUUAUUAAAAUUUGUUUUGUAAUAAAAAUCUUUUUUGGUGGUGAAA